UUUGUUGUCAUGCAUCGUUUCAGAAUGACGCUAUAUGUUUCAUUCAUUACCUCAGCAACGCGUACCUUGUCUUUUCAUCAGCGAGUGACUGGGUAUAAGUAUCAUCUGCACGAGCGCAACAACUCGAUGCUGCAAUAUGAGCGGACGAGUAGGAGACCUCAGUCCCAAACAAACUAAGGCUUUAGCACAGUUUCGGGAGAAAAUAGCAGAUGUGUUGGAUCAACUGCCCAAUCAAACUGACCAUUACCUGCUCCGGUGGCUCAGAGCUAGAAGCUUCAAUGUCCCAAAAGCUGAGGCAAUGAUUAGAAAGCAUCUGGAGUUUCGCAAGCAUAUGAAAGUAGACACCAUCAUUGACAACUGGAAGCCACCUGAGGUCAUUGAGUGCUAUGUGGCAGGUGGAAUGUGUGGCUAUGAUCGUGAAGGAAGUCCUAUCUGGUACAAUAUCAUCGGCCCUCUUGAUCCAAAGGGCCUUUUACUGUCGGCUAGCAAACAAGACUGCCUGAGGACCAAAGUCAGAGAUGCUGAACUUCUACGACAAGAGUGUGAGAAGCAGUCUAAAAAGCUUGGCAAAUACAUUGAAUCAAUCACCAUCAUUUAUGACUGUGAGGGGCUUGGCAUGAAACAUCUUUGGAAGCCUGCUGUUGAGAUGUACGGUGAGAUUCUGACUAUGUUUGAGGAGAACUAUCCAGAGAACCUAAAAAAGGUGCUUUUAAUCAAAGCCCCUAAACUCUUCCCUAUUGCAUAUAACUUGGUCAAACACUUUUUACAUGAGGAAACAAGGCAGAAGAUUGCUGUGCUGGGUUCCAACUGGAAAGAGGUGUUGAGGAACUAUGUGGAUGCAGAUCAGUUACCUGCGGUUUACGGAGGAUCCAUGACUGAUCCUGAUGGAAACCCUCUCUGUAAGACCAUGUUACGUUAUGGUGGCGUAGUGCCGAAGUCGUACUAUGUGCGGGACUCCAUCAAAGUGAAGUAUGACCAGUUUAUCACAAUUAGCCGUGGCUCCUCGUACCAGCUAGAUUAUGAGGUGCUCUUUCCAAACUGCGUACUACGAUGGCAGUUUGCAAGUGAGGGGUCUGAUAUUGGUUUUGGACUUUUCCUGAAGACAAAAGGGAAUGAGACCAAGAAAGCAGAAGCCAUGCAGGAAAUACUGCCUACCGAACGUUACAAUUCCCACCUAGUUCCAGAAGAUGGAUCCUACACCUGUGAGGAAUCGGGCAUCUAUGUGGUACGGUUUGACAACACUUACAGUGUGCUUCAUUCAAAGAAAGUCAGCUUCACCGUGGACGUGCUUCUACCUGAAGGACAUACAGGAAAACAGGCAUAAAACUCGACUGGAAUCAGACUUUGUCAUAUAUCCAUUAGCAUUAGAUAAGAGAUUACCUGUUGAAAUGCAUGGACUUUGAGCACACUGUUUAAACACAGGAAAUCAGAACUAUUAGAUUAGUGUUUUUUUAAUUUAAAAGUUUUUAGAUAAUUAUGCUCUCUGUAAGCUAAUUAUUAUAGACGGUUAUUAAAAAUCGAUUGUAUGCAAGCAGUUCCUAAAGGAUGUUGUAUGAACCGUUUCCAGUAUUUGAAUUACAAUUGUGUAUGACAAAUGGAAGCAGUGUAGACUGAUUGGGACUGUAAAGUAUAAAAUAUUUGGUCAGCAGACACUUUCCUUAAUGUGAAAUAAUUAGGAAUAUGGAGAAUAUCUCUCAAUGAAUAGGACACUGAAUUACAGCAAUUAUAAUACAACUGAACUCAUGUCAGCGCAUUUAAUGGGUAAAUCCUUCUGUAAUAGCAAGAUUAUAGUAAUCCUUGAAAUAUUUAGUUAUUGCAGCCACUUCUAUCAUUUUUGAGAAUGUUUUAAAUGUGCACAUAAUUAUUCACUAAUCUGAGAAUAAAAUGCAUUUAAGGAAACACACUAUGUUGAUGAGUUCAUGUUUAUUUGUAACACUAGAGGACGCACUUGCAUCAUAUUUUACCGAGGUCGAAAUGCAGUGACGUCAAUAGACACAAUGACAUUGAUUUUACACACUUCCAUUAACAAAUCCACCGAUGUGUUACAU